CGCGAGAAGAUCUCCCCCUUGUUUGUCGAAUGCAGUGCUUCUGGAGUACUUAUGGAACAUAGAAAGCCGUCCGCUGUGCUCGGCUGGUGAGAUCUGCCACCGACUGAUAUUGCAGCGGAGAUGCCAAGCAAGAGGACGCUGGCGGAAGCCAUUUAUCAGAUUGCAGUGUCCAGGCAGACGAUGCUCUUCAUCCCUUUCAUCCUGCUCGCCCUCCCUCUCCCGCACUCCGCUUUUGUCGUUCCCUCUCCUCCCUGCUCAUCACCCGCCAGACUCCCCGCCUCCCCCCUCCCCUCUCAGCUGCGAAUGCAGCGCCAUGAAGACCCUGCCGACCUGCCGGGCGCAGACGGCAUGGAGCGUCACUUGAGUCGCCAUGGCAAGGAGGCGUUCCCUCUCCCGCAGGCAGAGAUCACGGCUGACGAGAUGAGGAUAUCUGACAGCAUUGCCCGCAUUAACCGGCUGAACCAACGGAGCCGGCAGAGAGGGAUUCCCACGUCGGCUGCCGCCAGGAGGGACAAGAAGAAGCGCGAGAGGCGGUUGGAGAUGCAGGGGCCGCCGAUGCCCACGCUGCCUGAUGUGGACGACUUCACCAUUGACGGGAGGAGGCCCGGCAAGGGCGCGCCGCCCGUCAGCCCGCCGCCUGAUCUGCCGUCGAUGCUGCUGCACAACCGUAUAGUCUACUUGGGGAUGCCUUUGCUGCCUGCCGUGACGGAGCUGAUUGUGGCGAAGCUGCUGUACCUCAACUACGAGAGCGCCACCAAACCCAUCUACAUGUACAUCAACUCACCAGGUGCGAAUUGGCCGACAGAAAGGCUGUGUGUGGGCGCACUCGUGUGCACGUCUGUUUGUGUGUGGUGUGUCACUGCAGGCAGUGAGACUGAGCAGUCUCAGUCCAGUUAUGAGACGGAGGCCUUCGCCAUAGCCGACGUGAUGGCCUACGUGAGGCCGCCAAUACACACCAUCGCCGUCGGACAGGCUUGGGGCAGCGCCGCCAUGCUGUUGGCUCUCGGUGAGUGAGAAGACUGACAAGGCAGGACAGACAGCUACACAUGAGAUGAGUAUACACGCGAUGAUUUGUGUCAUGAUGUGAUGCAGGUCAGAAGGGCCAUCGAUACGCCUUGCCCAAUGCGUCCAUCCUGCUGAAGCAGCCCAAGGGCCGCGCGCAGGGCGUCGUGUCUGAUGUGGCCAUCAAGGCCAGGGAGACAGUCAACAACAGGUACCUACCUGCGCAGCCAAACAUUCAUACACACAUACAUGAGUGAGUAGGUUCUGUCCGUCUGCAUCAUGCAUCCUGUGUCUAAUGGCUGUCAUUCAGGCGUGUGGUGACCGACAUUGUGGCUGAGCGCACCGGGCAGAGCAAGGAGCAAGUCGAGAGGGACUUCCUGAGGCUGAGAUACCUCGCACCAGAGGAAGCGGUGGAAUAUGGACUCGUCGACAAGGUCAGCUAGCCUGACCAGCCAGCCACCCGUCAAGACACUGGCGCACCCCUGUGUGUGUGAAUGUGUGUGUGCAGGUGUUGUCAAGCGAGAAGGAGUUGCAGCACCUGCCGACAUUCAUGCGCGAGCUGCAGCGGUUCGGUGCGGUGUCGUCGGACCUGCCAUUGCCGCCAGCCAGGAACCCACAACUGUCACCAUCUGGAUCACACGACCUCUUCAGAGUGGGGACUACAUGAAUG